AGCCAAAGUAUACAACAUAUUGUUGAGAAUUUCCUUUUCUCCAAUAAUUCUUCUCUUCCUCCAUAGCUCUUUGAAGCAUGAAUUACAAAGCAUUCACUUUGAUAUUUUUUGUAUUAAUUUUUUGUGUAUCCUCAACAACAUCCUCUCGAAGAUUAUUAUCAGGUGGGGGAGGCAGUAAAAUGGAAACACAACCUCAUCACCCUAAACCAGCUGGCUCAGCCACUGAUCAACAACCACCACCUGGACGAAAACCUUUAACUUAUAGAGCAUUACAAAGACCACCAAUAUGCAACGAAAAGGUGUAUGGCACUUGUGUAGCAUACCCUUCUGUAGCAAGACAGCACUGCAAAUAUGGUGAUAGAUGUAAACGCAGCAGUACACCCUAAAUUGAAAUUAUAGCACCAGAGCAAGUAGAGUCGGAGUUAGAAUUUAUAAUUUAUAAAUUCUAAAUUUAUCAUCAAAUUUAUAGCUCGUUUUAGUUGUUAGAUUCACGAUAUAUAAAUUGUAAGCAACAAACUUCUUUUUUACAAGCAAGGACAAGAGUUUUGAAGAUUUUGUAUAAAUAAUGGCGAUGUUUAUCAUCUUUACUUUGUACUUCUUUAUGUGUACUAUUUUUAUGAAAAUAGGUUGAAAGGAUAUAACAUCUCGCUUGCCUUAUGGACAAAA